AUGUUCGGCUACGGGGAAGGCGAUGGCGAGGGCGAAGGCGAUGCCGACCAGACCUCCAUGACGUCGGCCGUCUACCGGGCACUGCUCGACUACUACGCCAAUGUGCCAAGUGCAGCGGGACACAUUGUCUCCCUGACCAUUGGCCCCUACAACGACACAACCGGCUCCUCCAUCUCUCCCCUCUUCGCCAGCAACAGCACGACUUUUGAUGAGACGGAUGCCGAUUACUUUGCCACUCAAAGGUUGGAGAACGACUUGGUCACGGAGGUGACAACCGCUGGCUUUGCCACCAGCACGGAUUAUGGUUUCGGGGAUGUUAGUCCCAGUCCUGCAUCUGGCAGUAGUAGCAGCAGCAGUGGCACCGGUGGCACAGGCAUGCCCGUCUGGCUGAUACCCAGCUACAGUGUAAUCCUGCUCUUUGCGGUGCUGGGCAACCUGCUGGUCAUCUCAACACUGGUCCAGAAUCGAAGGAUGCGCACGAUCACCAAUGUAUUCCUGCUCAAUCUGGCCAUUUCGGACAUGCUGCUAGGUGUGCUCUGCAUGCCGGUGACAUUGGUGGGCACACUGUUGCGCAAUUUUAUCUUUGGUGAAUUCCUCUGCAAGCUCUUCCAGUUCUCGCAAGCCGCCUCUGUGGCCGUGUCUUCAUGGACCCUGGUGGCCAUAUCCUGUGAGCGUUACUAUGCCAUCUGUCAUCCGUUGCGCUCACGCUCCUGGCAGACAAUCAGCCACGCCUACAAGAUCAUCGGCUUCAUUUGGCUGGGCGGCAUCCUUUGCAUGACGCCCAUAGCCGUCUUCAGUCAAUUGAUACCCACCAGUCGGCCAGGCUAUUGUAAGUGUCGUGAAACGUGGCCCGACCAGGGCUACGAGCGUUUCUACAACAUCCUGCUGGACUUCCUGCUGCUUGUCCUCCCAUUGCUGGUCCUCUGUGUGGCCUACAUUCUCAUCACGCGCACUUUGUACGUGGGCAUGGCCAAGGACAGCAGUCGGAUUCAGUUGCAGCAGGUCAGCACCGGAACUGGCACUUCCGGCGGCAUCACAACAACAACAGGUCCUGUCUCCGGUGAUGCUGGCGGUGCUGGCGGUGCUGGCACAAGCAGCAACAACAGCUGCAUCCUGGUGCUGGCUGUCUAUAAUGAGAAUAGUAACAACAAUAAUGGCGCUCCUUCCGCUUCCGCUGGAGCACCAGUGACAACGAAUAUGGCAACGACAACACUGACAACGAGAGCGGCAUCUUCCACGGUGGUCACAACCACAACCACAACGGUGACGCUGGCCAAGACCGCUUCACCUAGCAUACGUGUCCAUGAUGCAGCAUUACGCAGAUCCAACGAAGCCAAGACUUUGGAGAGCAAGAAGCGUGUGGUCAAGAUGCUGUUCGUCCUGGUCCUGGAGUUCUUCAUCUGCUGGACACCUCUAUAUGUGAUCAAUACGAUGACCAUGCUCAUUGGGCCAGUGGUGUAUGAGUAUGUGGACUACACAGCCAUUAGCUUCCUGCAGCUGUUGGCCUAUUCCUCCAGCUGCUGCAAUCCGAUUACGUAUUGCUUUAUGAAUGCCAGCUUCCGACGCGCCUUUGUGGACACCUUUAAGGGUUUACCUUGGCGUCGUGGUGGCGGUUUCGGAGGAACUGGAGCCGGAGCUGCACUGUCCGCCAGCCAGGCGGGCUAUAAUCCCAACACCAAUGCGUAUCCCAGUCUCAAUCCCGGCAUGGGCACCUGGCGGAGUCGUUCCCGUCACGAGCUGCUCAACUCGGUGGUGCAUACAAAUAGUGCCGCUGCUGCCGCUGAAAGUCCGCAGCUUUAA